GUACUCAUAUUCGAUCGACUCGGUAGUUCGAACACACCGAUACGAUCAGAUCUCACUCGGCGUUCUUCCCGCAGCACAUGGAUGAUCUGAAAAUCGAAAAUUGAAUUUCUAUAUUUGAUUCCUCAGACACAAUAACAAGGAGGACAACAAAGGGAAUGCGACGGUGCCGAGACUAUGGUUCAAAACCCUAGCUCCUGCCUACCAUCGCUAUUUGAGGCACAAAGGAAGAUGCAGAUGCAAUGAUGAAGGAGGAACGGAAUUGGUGAUGGUUCGAAGCAGCUGACACUGACAAAAAACGUGCAACGAGAAUGGACAUAACGAAGCCAAGUUCAGUGUCCAUAAAAUUUUAGAAGGGAUAUCAUGAUGCCAAAUUAGGAUGCUAGUGACUGUAUACAAACAUCUGAUGAGGCAAAUCCGUUAGCAUCACAUCUUGACCACAGCACAAUCAACACUUUGCCCCGGCCAAGUGAAGUGGAUUUCAUCAUUGCUUGUCCUCCAGCCCUCCUUGUCAGGGGUUUUCUUUAUUGACAGGCACAAUUAGAGUUCAGUGAGUGAUGUUCGAUGCAUAAUGAUCUUGUCGCUUUAUCCUUUGUUGAGUACUUCAGGCCCAAGUUUCUGCUCAUUGGAAACGCCAGGAAUCUCGUUUCAUUUGAUAAUAUGAAGCCAUUUCAGCUAAUUAUAUCUUCACUUCUUGAAAUGGGUUAUCAGGUGAGGUUUGGAGUACUCCAAGAAGCGGUAUUCUAUGGUGUAGCACAAUUUGGGACUAGUGACUAUAUUUUGGUUCUAAAUAUAACAAAACAACACCCACUGCAAUAGCUUGGAGUUGAGGCAAUUUUGGCAACACUACUCCGUACAUUUUUUCUUCCUCUAUGACAAUGCUGACCAUUGCAACAAUAUGUUUGGAGCAACUAUUGGCAUUGGGUCACAGUUUUAUGAAGUUUGGAGUUAAGAUUCUUUGUUUUGGUCAUUGAUUUUUGGCUUAAGAAUACAAUGCAGUAUAUGUCUUUUGUGUUUAGCUUUAAUUCUAUUGUUGGUUUAGGACAUUACAUUGAAGGUCAAGGCACAUUUGCAGUCACAGUUAAUUUUAGAUUAGAUUUGGUUCUAAGUUUGCUUGGUGUAAUUUGUAUAUCUUUUCGAGGGGCUUUGGUUCGGU